AUGAGAGAGUUGACCUCGCCAUUUGCUCAAUUCUCUCUGCAAUCUCAACGAGGUACUUAUUUGCACCAUAUGGCUGGGCAAAGAAGUAGUCAUGGAAAACGUUCACAUUCUCAAUCUGAUUACAGUGAUCAUGGAAGAAGUAAGAGGCGUAACAACAGUGAUGAUAGAGGAGGACAAAACUCUAUUGGCUCAGAUGACACUGUGUAUCGCUACUUAUGUCCUAGUAAACGAAUUGGAAGUAUAAUGGGAAGAGGUGGUGAUAUAAUCAAGCAAUUAAGAUCCGAAAGCAAGUCAAAAAUCAGAAUUGGAGAAACAGUUUCAGGGUGUGAUGAACGUGUGGUGACUAUCCAUAGCACGAGUGAUGAAACAAAUGAUUUUGAUGAUCCUGAUGAACGAGUGUGUCCAGCAAUGGAUGCUCUUUUCAAAGUGUAUGAUAGAGUUGUUGCUGAUGACCUGGCGGAUGACAUGGAUCCUGAAGAAACACCACAAGUUACAGUUCGCCUUCUUGUCCCUUCAGAUCAAAUUGGAUGUGUUAUUGGAAAAGGUGGACAGAUUGUUCAAACUAUACGAACUGAUACUGGUGCUCAGAUUCGGAUCAUGAAAGAUAAUCACCUGCCUGCUUGUGCAUUAAGCAGUGAUGAACUUGUGCAGAUAUCAGGUGAAUCAUCUAUAGUAAGAAAAGCACUCUUCCAAAUAGCAACACGCCUUCAUGACAACCCAUCAAGAUCUCAACACCUGUUAUCUUCUUCCACACCUAAUGCAUACCCUUCUGGUGGGUCCCUCAUGGGGGGUACACCUGGGGGGGCACCAAUCAUGGGGUUGGCCCCACUUAUGGGUGCGUAUGGUGGGUACAAGGGUGAAAGUGGUGGUGAAUGGCCACGUGGGUUUUACCCGGGCCCACGUGAGGAUUCUUCUCCAAGGGAAUUUCAUCUUCGUUUGAUUUGCCCAACUGGAAACAUUGGUGGUGUAAUAGGAAAAGGUGGUGCUAUAAUUAAUCAAAUUAGACAGGAAACUGGUGCAGCUAUUAAAGUUGAUAAUUCAGCUACUGAAGCAGAUGAUUGCAUAAUAUCUAUUUCAGCCAAAGAGGCAUUUGAAGAUGCGUUUUCUCCAGCUAUAGAAGCUGCAUUACGUUUACAACCAAGGUGUAGUGAGAGAGUAGAGAGAGAUUCAGGUCUAAUUUCAUUCACCACUCGAUUACUUGUUCCAACUUCUCGAAUCGGAUGCCUUAUUGGAAAAGGAGGAGCAAUAAUCACAGAAAUAAGAAGAAUUACAAAAGCAAAUAUUCGUAUACUUUCCAAAGAGAAUCUCCCAAAAGUUGCAGAUCGUGAUGAUGAGAUGGUACAGAUUUCUGCAGAUCUUGAUCUUGCAAAGGACGCACUGUUACAAGUGACAUCAAGGUUAAGGGCAAAUCUAUUUGAAAGAGAAGGGGCAUUAUCGACAUUUGUCCCAGUUCUUCCAUAUCUUCCUGUAGCACCUGAUGUGGCUGAUGUUGGAAAGUAUGAAAGUAGAGAUUCUUCAAAAGGACAUCAUCAUGGAAGAGGACAUUCUUAUUCUUCUGCUAUGGUGGUAGCUUACAGGGACGAAGUGGUGGUGAUUCGUAUGGAGCGUAUGGUAGCUAUUCUUCAGGUCGCAGUGGUAGUUCUGGGUUAUCAAGGCGAGAUAAUAACCCUAGUUCUAGGCGGAGGGAUUAUGGUUAUUGAAGCUGACACUUGACACUUGAAGCCAAGCCAAGCCAAGCCAAGCCUGAAGCCUAAAACCAGACCAGAGGAGUGUUGCAAAAUUUACCUACCAUUUGAAGAUGAAAAAAUAUUACUAGUGAUGUCAUAUUUAUCCAUAUGUCCUGAAACUACUACUACUACUACCAUAAGCUUUGAUUUCUUAAGUUCCAAACAACCUGUGCCUUGAAUCUACUUAAAUCUUAAUCAAUCAAUGUUUCCAAAUUCCAAGAAACCUUUUGACACUUUGUAAUGUUAACUAUUUAAUUACAUCAUCUCUUCUAGGCCUUUUGUGUGCUUGUCCUUGUUAUAUUUUAACCCAUGCUCACCCUUCCCAUCAUCAUUCAUCCACCUCUUACCAUAUUUCAUCUAUUAGGUCAUAACAUAAAUAACACAACCUUGUGAUACUGUGUUUGCCAUGUAUUGAACUGAGACUGAUACUGUGAUAUACUAAUACCGACAAAAAAUUGCAAUUUUUUUGUCCCACCCACAAAGUUUUUAGUCUCUUUGCAAGAUGCUUUAUAUCGGUAUAUAUAUAUAUAUAUAUAUAUAUAUAUAUAUAUAUUAUUUAUAUAUCUAUUUUUUUUCUAUGGGUGAGUGGAAGAGCGGGCAUAUACCAAUUUGAAAGAAAUGGAAACGGAGGUCGGUUGAAGGUUUGUGAAGAUGUUUUUUUGGUUUUGGGUAGACGAUGCUUAAUCUUUUACUGUUUUUUUUACUUGAUUUGGUUUUUGAUUAUUAAGAUGUUACAAUACACUGAGUUUAGGGAUAACAUAAAAUUGGUUUGACUGUGUCAACUGUGAAGAAGCAGGUGUUACCAUUGAUAUG